AUGUUCGGCUGUGCAGCAAUACCAGCAGCAUUCCAGCUUAUUUCAUUCUUCUUCCUACCUGAAAGUCCCAGAUGGCUGUACGAUCACGGUAGGCAAAUCGAAACGGAAGAGGUGCUGAGAAAAAUUUACAAUGGUGAUGAAGAAUGGGUCAAAUUCGAAAUGUCUGAGAUUAAGAAAGGAUAUGAUCAAGAGCAAGCAAAUAAAAGCGACUCUCCAGGUAUUGUUAACGGACUUGGCACUCUCAGAGAUGAAAUCAUUUGGCGUAUCCUUCGAACCCCGCACGUCCGUAAAGCACUCUUCAUCGGAAGCAUGCUUCAGUGCUUCCAACAGCUUUCUGGAAUCAAUACCAUCAUGUAUUACACCGGUCAUAUAAUUCGAAGUUCAGGCGUGAAAGACGAACAUACCACAAUUUGGAUUUCUGUUGGAACAGCAUGUAUCUGCACGCUUACCGAUGAAUGUGGUUUCUGCCAAAAAACAGGUACCAAUGAAGGAUACUGUAUGAAGACGGGAAGUGUAGAUUCUGGUUCACUGGCUGCGUAUGGACAAUGUAGUGUUCCGGAGCCCGUGGGAUAUGAAUGGGACGGUCAUUCGUGUAAAACGAAGCUGACUAUUGUCUUCAUCAUUCUUAUGCUCUUCUACCUCCUUGCUUUUUCAGCGGGUAGGAAUUUUGUUUAUGGCAUUGUCAUUAGCUUGUCACAUACUUUAUCCACUUCAGGGUACGCUCCCCUUCCCUGGGUACUGAAUGCAGAAUUCUAUCCUCUUUGGGCAAGGAGCACGUGCGUAUCCAUCUCAACCAUGACCAACUGGAUAGUAAACCUCAUCAUCUCGUUGACAUUUAUUAGUUUGAGUCAGGCUUUGCAGAAAUACGGUGCCUACUAUUUUUAUGCUGCAUUUACCUUCAUUGCAUUUUUGUUUAUCUACUUCCUCCUGCCAGAAACUCGCGGAUACUCUAUUGAAGAGGUCGAAAGGCUCUUCAUGAGCAAAGAAGAAAGAGAACGUACUGUCUCUAGGAAAAGUACUCUUGACAAGAUCAAGCCUGCAGGUGUCACCGUCGUACAGUUGAAUUAG